GCUCGUCAAGCCGCCGCGCUGUGAGAGAAAGGAAGAGGCGGAAAGACGGAGCAGAUAGCGGACACAGCGCGGACUCAGCGCGGACUCAGCGCGGACAGAGGAGCGUUCCCGUCAAGCGACAUGAGCACGAGCGUGAACAAGCCCCGCGCGCACAAAUCCCCGCGCCGUGGAGAAAUCCCACCAACUUGUUGACCUGCGCGCGCUCGGGACGGGACUUUCUUCACGCGGAUGAGGAUUAAACACGAUCCUGCAUGCCGGAUUUUUAUCUCUCUCUCUCACACACACACACACACACACACUCCUGGGCUCGAGUUAAACCCAGGAACGUUUUGAACCUCUGAUUAAAGCCUUGCUGCUUUUUGAUAUUUAUUUCUUAUUUAAAGCGCGCGUGCUGCGUGGUUGCACCGAUUGCGAUUAUUCCAAGGAUGCAUGUCGUUAGAACGACGCGACUGUUUCACUGAGUCGCGUGCGCGCGCGUGUGUGUGUUCGUUCGUGCGUGCGUGCACAUUCUUACACACACUUACACACGACAUCGUGAGCGAGUUUGCAAGCUGACCCAUAAACACACUCCCGAGCGCGAGAGGUGGUCUCAGGAGCACGGUGUGUGUCCAGUCCCAGGCCCGUGUCAGGGCUUUAAUCCCUCCGGAGCCGGGUUUGCGCUGAGGUGGGAGCAGAAAGCUCAGGGAGCUCCCUCGCGUUUGCGCCAUGUAUGAGAGCGUGGACGUGGUGGGUUUGACCCCGAACCCGUUCCUAAGUGUGGAUUAUUACCACCAGCACCACCAGCAGCAGCAGAAGCGCGGAUGUCUGAUCCAGGAUAAAGGGAUGCCGAGAUCUUUCGUCCCCUGGAGCUCCUCUCACUCAGUGGACACUCAGAGCUCCAGUUCCGAGGACAUUGUCCCGAGUCCUCCGUCUCCUCCGCCUCCUCCUCGUGUGUAUAAACCCUGCUUCGUCUGUCAGGACAAAUCAUCGGGAUAUCACUAUGGAGUCAGCGCCUGUGAGGGCUGCAAGGGUUUUUUCCGCAGAAGCAUUCAGAAGAACAUGGUGUACACGUGCCACCGAGAGAAGAGCUGCAUCAUCAACAAGGUCACACGCAACCGCUGUCAGUACUGUCGUCUGCAGAAGUGCCUGGAAGUGGGCAUGUCCAAAGAGUCGGUUCGGAACGACCGGAACAAGAAGAAGAAGGAGGAGAAGAAGCCGGAGUGUUCUGAGAGCUACGUUAUGAGUCCUGAUACGGAGCGGAUGAUCGAGCGUGUGAGAAAAGCUCACCAGGACACGUUUCCAUCGCUGUGUCAGCUGGGCAAAUACACCACGAAUAACAGUGCUGAUCACAGAGUCUCUCUGGACGUGGAUCUGUGGGAUAAAUUCAGCGAACUCUCCACCAAGUGCAUCAUAAAAACAGUGGAGUUCGCCAAACAGCUGCCCGGCUUUACCACGCUGACCAUCGCAGAUCAGAUAACACUGCUCAAAGCAGCCUGCCUCGACAUCCUGAUUUUGCGGAUCUGCACACGCUACACUCCCGAUCAGGACACCAUGACGUUCUCGGACGGACUGACGCUGAACCGGACGCAGAUGCAUAACGCCGGCUUCGGGCCUCUCACUGACCUCGUGUUCGCCUUCGCUAAUCAGCUGCUGCCGCUGGAGAUGGACGACGCAGAGACGGGCCUGCUCAGCGCCAUCUGCCUGCUGUGUGGAGAUCGUCAGGAUCUGGAGGAGUCAGACAAGGUCGAUAUCCUGCAGGAGCCUCUGCUCGAAGCGUUGAAGAUCUACGUGAGAAAGAGGAGGCCUCAUAAACCACACAUGUUCCCCAAAAUGCUGAUGAAGAUCACAGACCUCAGGAGCAUCAGCGCUAAAGGAGCGGAGCGAGUGAUCACGCUGAAGAUGGAGAUCCCCGGCUCCAUGCCUCCACUCAUCCAGGAGAUGUUGGAGAACUCUGAGGGUUUAGAGGGCAGCAGCAUGAAUCCUCCAGGCAGCUGCAGUCCGAGUCUCUCACCCAGCUCGAUACACAGCAGCCCUUCGACACACUCGCCCUGAAUCUCUCUUUCUCUCACUCACAGACACACACACACACACACACUUAUGUUAAGCAUGCUCGCCCUGAACCUGCUCCAUGACUCAGGAACCACACACCUACAUGUGCAGCCGAGUCAGAGAGCCUGGUUUCAAGACAAUAAUGUAUAAAGUGGCUGAUUGAGAAGCUCAACACACACACACACACACACACACACACAGGCUGAGCCUGAGUCACACUCGCAUUACAAGCAAGGUGUGCGCUUCGGUGGAACUCCUGAGGUACCGAUCUGAUCUAAAGCAGCUUGCACGCUUGGUUAAAACCGAUUCUGAUCUAAUACCAGAUCGAGGAUUCUAAUCAGCAAUGUGGAGAAGGACGUGAGUUUGUGGACGUGGUGCACACUCCGAGGAAACUUUCCUAUUUCCGUAUGUAUUCUACAGUGACGUUUUGGAUUCCUUCAUCUGUAGAUUUAAUGAAUGAGGAGACGGCAAACUAGAGACACAGGACGUCCGAUGUCCAAAAGUCAUCAGGGACAUUUUUUGUGUUUUGUUUGUUUUGUUUUCUUACAAAAGAUAUAUGAAUAUAUGAGUAUCUAUAUUGACAGAAAAUGAGAUGAUUCAAAAGUUGUGUUGAUGCAGGAAGAAAAAAAACCCUCUCACAUUUACUCUUAUUUGUCUCAAGAGUUGAAUAUAGUUCAGUUCUGCUCACUGUCUCACUUCACUGCAGAAGAAGAUUGUGGAUGUUAUGGUGAUGUUUUCAUGCCGUUCACUCAGACUCGGAACAAAUCUCACUUUCACUAAGCACAUCGGGGGGAAGGGGGGUGAAAAAUUCAAACGUAGCUAAGCAUGGAAAAUUAUUUAGCGAGUCAUUAGUGGUUUGGCUCCGGUGAUGAUCAAACUGAUUAUUAAGGAAAAUAGUUAAUAGUGCAUAGUGAUGCAGAAAAAUCUAGAUUUAAAAUAAAACAGGGGUGGACAAAUCAUACAUUUAUUAGUAGUGUGUCUUCAGUCUCGUAUUUUAGUUCCCCGGAAGCCUAACUGAGGCUGGGGUUCAACAGUGGUAGCUAAUGUAAUAUAUCAUCAUAUGGCUAGCUAGUUAAAUGCAUUAACACAGACUAAGAGAAAUGAACAAGUAUGUAGCCAUCUUUCAUAUCUUAUCAUGAUUACAUUUUUGAUCUAGUUUUUAAUGAAGUUCCAGGCUACUGAUUUGUCCACCCCUGAUGAACAAAAGUAUAUUUGACCACUGGCAAAAUAAAAAAAAACAAACAGUUGAAGUAAAGAGACAAAAUGUUUUAGUACAAUUUCUGCAUUUUACACAUGAAGCAUCCAUAUUUCGUAUCUUUUACAGUGCAAUCAAAUCUGGAAGCCCCGUCAGCAGAGAGAUUAUUACACUGCCUCAUUUACACAACCACAACACUGCCUCGGUUUUUCUUUAUCAUUCAUCACCAUCUACAACACCACUGCCUCUGUGAGACAAUCACUUUUCCUGUAGCGUCCCAAGAAUACUGCCUGUGUGGAACACACCGAGCACCGCUGGAGACCGGGAUCGAAUGUCACAAACAUUGGAAUUGCAUCAUGUCAGCAGCGAGUCUGUCACUGAAAGAGAAUUCAGUUCAUUUUUCCCAAGAUGUUGCUGCAAAUGAACACCAAACUGGCCUUUGAACUUCAUCCACCGUGUCACAGACCCAUCCAACCCGCUGAUGCGCCAUGGUCUUUACAUGCUCACUACAAGCUCACAAUGAUCCGGUCCUGAUCCCAGACUUUUACCCCUGAACUACCACCGCCAGGAGCAUUUAAAAGCUACGACACACACCACUUCCCUCCAAUCCAGCUUUCCACUGUAGACACGCGCUAACGAAUCAUCACUGUACCCGUGUGCAAUACCUCUUCAGAAAAAAAAUCAAAUCAAGACGCUUGAAAGACUUCCACGUUUCACUUUGACUAUGCACGCGACUUGCACAGAAACUCGCAAUGUGUUCGGCUUCCUCUGAACUUCCUUUUCGUGUUUCGUGAAUGUGAGCGUGAUGAUGUACGGACACUGCCGAAAAACUUUCACUGCCAACGAGCCACAUCAAUUCAGACGUCUUAAACCACAUCAAAGUCACACGGCGUCCAGCACAAAGACAUUGUUCUGUUCUGUUCUGCUCCAACACUUGUUACACAUUCAAACGCACAAAUAUUGUUUCUCUUGUAUCGUGAACUGGAUGAUGAAAAUAAUCUUUAUUAAAGACUGAUGUUUUGUGUGUGUUUCUGA